AUGUCUGAUGUGAAGUAUCAAAGUUUGUUUGGUAAAAAAUUGGGUGUCGAUUUUGUUGCGGCUGCUUCAGCUGCUUUUGCCGUCUCACCAUUCAUUACCAUAGUUGAUAGAUCGAUUAUAGAAAAUGCAAGCGGAAGGAAUAAACUAGGAGCCGCCCUAAAAAGUGGAAUUAUUACCCUUCUUACGAAACCUCAUAGAUUCGUUCGUUCCCGACCAUUUUUAUUGGUUUUUGGAGUGUAUUUUGCUACAUAUGCAACAGCAAAUUCAAUCGACACAAUAUGUGAAAGAUUAGAAACAGAUAAUCAAACACCAAAAUUCUUGGGUACAACUAUAGCAAACAUGACAACAUGUAUAUAUAAAGACAGAGCAUUUACUCAAAUGUUUGGUACCGUAGUGCCAAAAGGUUUGCCAUUAGCAAGUUACGGUAUGUUCGUUACAAGGGAUGCUUUAACAAUCGCCGCUAGUUUUAAUAUGCCGGGAAGCGUUGCAGCAGAAUUUCAACAACGUGGAUGGAUCUUGGAUAGUGAAAGGGCGGCAAAUGCGGCCCAAUUAUUAUGUCCUGCCGGUAUACAAUUCGUCUCUUGUGCCUUACAUUUAUUAGGUUUAGAUUAUUAUAAUAGACCAAAUGUUUCUUUAGCUUCCCGUAUGGAAUUUUUAUAUAGAACUUAUAUUAAGACGACUUUAACCAGAAUUGUAAGAAUUGGUCCCGCUUUCGGUGUUGGAGGGAUUGGUAAUAGAAUGGUUAAAGAUAAAGGCAAUGAAUUCAUUACUGCCAGAUCUUGGUAA